AAUCUUUCCCGAAUCCCUAAACCGACCGCCGCCUUCGCCGCCAGGGAACCCCCGGCGUUGCGAUGGCGUCGCCUGAGAAGCGAUUCUGCCGCGGAUCAGGGGAAACAGUGGGUUCGUCUCACACCGCCCGCUACCCCAGCCCUUGGACGAAGGAUCUCCAUGAUACGCUGGAGGAGGUGGAGGCAGUCGAACUCGAACCCCAUAGCCAGCCGGCGCGCAUGGUCGCCGAUCCUGGUCAGAUUGCCUGGCAUGCCCUGGACCUCAAGUUCCCACGGGAGCAGAGCGAAUCAGACUGGAGCGACUGGAGCGACGGCGAUGACCGAGUGAUUGACGGGGAGAAGAAAGAUUGCCCAGGGAAUGAGAUAGUCGAUAGGCAUGAUGAUGACGAUAACUGCAAUGGCCAAGUCGUUUACGAGGACAAAAAAACAAACACGAAGAUAAUCUGCCCAGAUAUCUAAUUCUCUAUUCUGUUGAAGACAAAACUCGAGAUCAUCUGCCGAUCUAUGACACAAUGAUUCUCCAGGUAAGCUCUAUCCUCAGAGCAAAGCAGAGGAAAUUGAGCUGGAAUGGAUUGAGAGGUACUGCAAGCAGAUGGGAGAUUACUCGAAACUGUUUGAUGCCAUUCUGGCCCGGGAGGACCACGACGAUUCUACUACCUUGCCUCCUUUUCCUAUGAAACUGCUCCCUCCCACAACAUCUCUAUGUUUCAUGGACGGCGGGUACUGCUACCACAGUCUUUACAAGACCCAUGAUACUUCUACCAAGCUCCAUCAACUCUUGGAUAUCGCACACCACAACAGAUGCUACAGUUCUUUUCGAUGCGUUUAUCAAGCUCUGGGCUCUCCUAUCCCAUUAGUGUGUAUGGAAUACUUGCUGUUCGCGACGACUUGGACCAGCGACGGAAUUAUCUCUUUAACUGUCCUAGAGAUACUGCUGUAGAGAUUGUGAAUCAGGAAUCCUUUGACUUGCCUCUUUGUAGCCCGUGUCGAGGAAUAUAUGUACUGGACGAGGCACUACUAGAAGUUGAUCUCUGGGUAAAGAAGGAAGGGAAUGGAUCAGCUGACAAGCAUAUACUUUCUGCAUAUGCUGAGAUUGAAGUCCGUGCAAAUUUUGAUAUUAUGCUGGGUGGUCGGAUUCCUGGUGUUGAUUGCAACUUGGACCUGACAUACAUGAUCAUUGCACGAAGUAUUGAGGCGGUAGUACAAGUCUAUGCAGAGGUUGACCAUCCUCAUCACGUGAAGUUCACUGCUUUAAGCACUGGCUAUGACGAUGAGAUUGUGCUGUUUGAUGACAAGAUAUCUGGGAGUGUGAAACUGUUCCAACAUAUUGUCGCGGUUAAGAGAAAUGAAAAUUUGGAUGUUCUUCUAAGAGUCAAUGAAUCGCUGUUUCAGUGGACUUUUCAUGAUGAGUAUGUUGGACCCGUCAGUUCUCCCGAUGACUCAAUCCUUCAGUAUGGCCAGUUUUUUGUGAGGGUGCUUUUUGCUCCAAAGAACUCUGCAUGAAGCCCACCGCCGGCCUCCUGCAAACUGCGAUUAAGUGAAGACUCAGUUCUUCAGCUUGGCCAGUUUCUUGUGAGGCUGCUCCAAAGAACUCCACAUGAAGACCAUCGCCGGCAUCCUGACAAACUGCGGUUUAAGUGAAGGGCUGAAGGUGUCCUGUGCCUUCUACUUAGUAUAGCAUUAUAGUCCAGUGUGUUAAGUUGAACCGCUGUAAACCUCAACAUGCUCAAUGCGUGCAUAUUCUCUGCCUGCCUGCUAUUGUGUUUUUGACU